GUCAUGCGUUUGACGCACUCCAUUGCUUCUGUCGCGCUGACUGGAUAGAUAACUUUCUCGCCUCAUUUAAUGGCAUGGCUAGUGAUGGAGAGACAAAGGCUGUGGAUAAUAUAUCACCACUGGACGCAAUUUUACUCGCAUGUCUUGCAGUUAUACUUGUGUUGUCCAUCGUGGCAAUUGCACUCCCUCAAAGCGGUCGGAACACCUUACCUGCCACAGGUGAGAUCGAAGGAGCGUAUGUUUUGGACGUUCUGGCUAUAAUAACGGUGGUCAUCGGAACUGUUUUGGAAAUUGUCCUAUUUUUCUGUCUCCGGGCGAAAUUUCGACAUUUCUACAGCCUGCUGCUAUUUUUGCUCUGCUUUCCUUUAGCUUGCUUUGUUGGCUCCGCUUUCCUCGUCUACAGUGCGCGGCCAUAUUACGGGGACUGGUUGAUCGGUGCGAGCAGUAUCGCUUUUCUGACUUCGUUUAUUGCAAGCAUUCAAAUGUGUGUGGAGUAAUGAUAUUUCUGAAUAAAAUAUUUUUGCACGUCUG